AUGUCAACUCCUGUCGAUUCACCCACAAAUCCUUUCGAGGACCCUGCCAUAGUGGCAGACUUACUUGGACCCAUGGAUAACAGCCAUCCAUCUACGCAGGACCAUAGCAAGUCGGCGAGUGCAGAGGCUAGCCAGCCUGGAAGCGCUGGCGGCAGACGCAAAGAAAAGAAAAGGGUCGGCUUCACAGGGGGGACCAAUUCGGCAGAGAUGAGUCCACGAGGGAGCUGGUACGAUGGCCAGCCAACGACGAAUGCUCGAGCACUGUCACCUCCAACGAUAUUCGCCACACCACCGCAAGGAUCUGCUGAUGCUAGUGGUGCAAGCACACCUGGCCACUCACGGCAGAACAGCCGUGACAUCAUGUUGCCACCUGCGCAAGACGAUAGCAGAUCGCAUCUGCCUGAACUUUCACUCCAGCAAACGCAAGAACUCCAUAAAGCGUUAGGAUCGACGCUUCCGGUACCAAAACCAAGGCCUGCCAUCCGACGAACAUCAUCCGACCAUCGCGACAGCGACGCCCAUAUCUUAGCAGACACACCCGAAGACGACGAUGUUGCACGACAUCGACAUUUGCGAGCUGUAGAUGCUCACGAGCGCGCGAAGAGGCUCGAGACUGAUGAACGCAUCCGCUCAGAGCCGAACUCACGGUUCAACUCUCCUGAACGAGACUCGAGGAGAGGUCGUCGGAAGGCUCGGUCGGAAGAUAUAGCGCUGAAGGACCUACCUCCUAUGUCCUACGAUGGCCCUGACUCCGACUCUGACGACGGGCUAGAGAUGCCACGAAAGGGUAGAAAUGUAGGAUCCACUGCUGAGGCAUUUGAGCUAGUUCGCAAGCAUACGAUGCAUCAAAGUUCGCAUCGUGAUGUCGAUACCCCUCCUUCGCCUGGAUUGCCGUCCGGUGCUGUCACGCCUAUUGACGAGCAUGGGGACUACGAGUUCUAUCGCCCGCGACCCAAGAAAUAUCAAGGCGGUAUAUUGUCGUCGCUGAUGAAACUUCACGCACAACAGCGAGGUGGCCAUAGCAGGUCUUCUAGUGCAAAUCCCGGCCACCAAAGACAUUACAGCGAUGGCUUCAGUCAGGCUUCCACCCCUCAGCACUCUCCUUCAGAAUCUGGCGCAUCCACACCCACAGCGCAUUGGUACGCUCGGAAACAUAAGAACAACUCCUCGCCAUCACUGGUGCAUCUUGUUGGCAGCUCCGCAAGUCUUAGUAGUGCAGCCGCCUCCAGUUUCGGAGAUCAGCUUACAGCGAAGCUCAAGGAGCAACAAGAUCUCCAUCAUCCUGGAAUGGGCAAGCGGACCCGAAGUGGAAACGCCUUGGCAGCACUGCACCGUGCGAGUCGACCACGCAUGGACGAAGAGAUCAGGAUCACGGUACAUAUCGCGAAUUACAUGAUACGACAGAAGUACCUGAUCAAGCUCUGCCGAGCAUUAAUGUUGUACGGCGCGCCAACGCAUCGUCUGGAAGAGUACAUGAACAUGUCUGCUCGAGUGCUGGAAAUCCAGGCCCAGUUCUUGUACAUCCCGGGUUCCAUGAUCAUGUCUUUUGACGACCCGGAGACUCAUACCACUGAAGUCAAGCUGGUCCGGGUCACCCAAGGAUUGGAUCUGGGCAAGCUGAGAGAUGUCCACGAAGUGUAUAAGGAGGUGGUUCACGAUCACAUUGGAGCGGAACAGGCUAGAAGCCGGCUUGACGAGAUCUUCAAGAAGAAAGAAAAGCACAAUAAGUGGUUCCGCAUCUUGAUCUACGGAUGCGCGGCUGCUUGCGUGGGACCAUUCGCUUUCGGUGCACGCUUCAUCGACUUGCCAAUUGCGUUUCUGCUAGGCUGUAUACUUGGCUUCCUGCAAUUGGUGGUCGCGCCAAGGUCGGACUUGUACGCGAACGUGUUCGAGAUCGCGGCUACCGUGAUCACAUCGUUCCUUUCGAGAGCUUUCGGCAGUAUACCCAACGGCCACGGAGGACGACUCUUCUGCUUUUCGGCACUCGCCCAGUCGUCCAUUGCGCUUAUUCUUCCUGGCUAUAUAGUGCUUUGCGCAUCUCUUGAGCUGCAAAGUCGGAGCAUAGUUGCCGGCUCCAUCCGUAUGGUCUACGCUAUCAUCUACUCUCUGUUCCUUGGCUUCGGUAUCACUAUCGGCACAGCAAUAUACGGCAUCUUCGACGUUAAUGCCGUCUCCUCCACCACUUGCGAUGGAGGCAUAUCGGAACCAUAUUACUUUCCAUUCGUGCCAGCUUUCGCCAUGACUCUCAUCAUCAUCAACCAGGCUAAAUGGAAGCAAGCUCCAGUCAUGCUGAUCAUUGCGUUCGUGGGCUUUCUUGUUAAUCAUUAUUCGUCUCGUCGCUUCGCCGGCAACACACAAAUCAGCAACACUCUCGGUGCACUCGCCAUUGGCGUCCUAGCCAACCUAUACUCCCGUGUCGGAGCGCCUGUAGAGAACAAGCUACUCGAUCUGUGGGAAGACAAGUAUCGACACUACUGGAAAGACUUCCAGAAACGGGUCCUGCAUAUUCGGCGCAAGGCCUCCAUCACGAAGUCCGCCAAGGUACUGGAAGAGGGAUCGACUCCGGAGACAGAGUCGAUCUAUGUCCGCCAAACUAGGAGAGUAGGUUAUGGUCUUGCUGCCGCUGCUAUGCUGCCCGCCAUCUUUGUGCAAGUGCCUUCUGGUCUCGCCGUGAGUGGAUCCCUGGUGUCUGGUCUUGCGUCUGCCAAUCAGAUUGCGGGUAAUGCGACGAAUGGGACGACAGUUGUGAACAGUACCACCAUUACUUUGUCAUCCCAGGGGUUGAACAGUAUUGCUUUCAACGUUGGGUACUCAGUCAUACAGGUCGCUAUUGGUAUUACUGUUGGGCUGUUCUUGAGUGCUGUCAUAGUCUAUCCUUUCGGAAAGAAGAGGUCGGGUCUAUUCAGCUUUUAG